GACACAAAGAUUAAACCCGAGAAGCCGCCUUUCAGUUACAACGCUCUUAUAAUGAUGGCCAUUCGCCAAAGUCCGGAACGACGACUCACUCUUAACGGUAUCUACGAGUUUAUCAUGGGCAACUUUCCAUAUUAUCGGGAAAAUAAACAGGGAUGGCAAAAUUCCAUUAGACACAACCUGAGCCUCAAUAAGUGUUUUGUCAAGGUGCCGCGCCACUACGAUGAUCCAGGAAAAGGCAACUAUUGGAUGCUUGAUCCAUGUAGCGACGACGUGUUCAUAGGUGGCACAACGGGGAAACUUCGACGUCGCUCAACUUCUGCUUCUAGAACAAAGUUAGCUAUGAAAAGAGGCGCACGCCUGACUUCCGCUACAACUACAGGUCUUACAUUCGCAGGAUCUUUUUACUGGCCCGUGUCGCCUUUUUUGGCGUUCCAACAUUCUGCACAUCCAAACUCAAGUGCAAUGCCAUACGGAUCUCACCACAACAACUUUGCCACAUCGGUUCUCUCACAAAGAGCGCACCACAUUGCCACGACGAGUCCAUAUACAGACAGACUUUUCCCAGCUGGCCAGGAGAUUCCCGUCUUUGGGAUUAGCGGUGACCACUGUCGACACCGUCAAGUGUCUGCUAUGACUUCGUUUGCUUCUUCUUCCUUACCUUACCCUUUGUCAUUCCCCAACUCGUGUUCUUUUAAUUUGCUAUCCGGUCAAGCCAGUUACUUCUACUCACACCAGGUACCUCAGACUCUAGAAUUUAGCCCCUGGCCUAAUGAAGAGGCCACCCUGCCCAGAGCAUCUUCAGUGGGACGCUUGAUACCUGGAAAGACCGCCUCUUUAGAUUGUGUUGGAGGGCUUUGUACAGAAUUCCCAAAUUAUUUCUCCACUUUUAACACGACGGGAUCACUGACCACGAUGACAGUUUCUGAUCCGUUAUGUCAUUAA